UUGUUUGUUUAAAACAUUUGUGUUCAGUGUUUGUUGUAAAACUAUUUCUUCUUCUGGUUAUUCAAGCAUUUGUUUCCUUUAAAUUCUAACAAGGAUACCACAAAGUAACUAAAUAGCAUUUUAGGAUAUCUAGAUAAAUUAGUUGUAUGUAUUGAUGAAAUUGUGGAAACUUUGUAGUGCAGUUGUUUAGAUUAAGUUAUCAUUAACACUUCUACAUUACUAGCAUUAGCAGGUAUAGUGUUCAACUUCCAGAAAAAAAUGAUUUAAUAACAAUUAUGCACAAACUAAUUGAAAAAAACUAAGAAAAAAUAUUUAGUAUAAAAUGAAAAUUUUGUAAAAUGAUAUGGUCUGGUGCAAAUAUUAUUGUCGGCUGUAAAGUAAUAAUUCUAAAAAAAAAAAAAGAAUUGAUGAAAUAGCAUCAGAUGUCAAUUACCCAUUAAGUAUACACUUCAUUGUAGGAACUCUAUGAUAUAACACCUCUAAACUCUUUUUUUCUAGAAAUUUUCAAAUAUAUAUGUACACUACUUUUUAACUUUUGUUUUGUCGGUUGAGGCAUGACCGUUUUAACUGCACAAAACCAUAGUUUGCCUUCUUCUAGAAUUCAAAUUCAUCUGAAGUUUUGUUUUUCUCUGCUUUGCUUUUAGAAACUGAAACAAUCUUCUUAACAGAGCUCGUUUUCACUCAGAUCUGACUACUCUUUUGGGGGAAAGCUUGAAGAAUGGAUUUGCAUUUGAAGAACUUGUUUGGUAGAUUCCAGGAUCAGUUCGGUUCAGGUCCUGGUCUUGGACCUGGAUCAGGUGUUUGCCUCAUGAAAGUUGAAGGUAUAUCUCCCAACAUGAUCCAUUCCAUUUUCAGAGCUUCAGCUUCUUUAUACAGAAGUGAGCCAUGGAAGAGGCUCAGACCAGGUCACUUGUUCGGUGUCCGGGUCGGAAAAGACUCUGAUUGGUCAGGAAAGAGACAGCCUUUUCAGUGUGUUCGGUUCAUAGGAGGGGACGGUGGUGAUAUAGCAAUAUAUAUGUAUAGAUCCAUGAGCUAUGCACUGAAGAUGAGUGAUGAUGAUUCAAGGGAAAUGGGUGGAGUUCCUAAUGUUGAGGUUUUAAGAGUUACUUAUGAGGUUGAGUCAUUGAUCCUUCCUUGUAACAAGAGAAUGGUCAAGUCUUUGUCUUUAGAAGUUUCUGGAACUGAUCGGUUUCCGGUUAUUGAUGUUGCCCGGUGCAUGAACUCUGGUGAGCUCCAGUUUAGACACCCUACACUUGAAGAGCUUAGGCUUGUGUUUGCGGUAAUGAAAGCUCUUUCUUUGGUUCAUCCUUUGCUGGUUCAAGGGGAGAAGCAAGUCAAGGGGUUGCCAAGGAUGGUUAAGUUUUCGCCUUUUAUAGAGACUGUUGAUGUUCAGUGGCCACCAGAGAUGUUUAAAGGACAUGACUUCGUUGCUGUCACGGUUUCGCAUCCGCCUGGUCAAUCAUAUGAGCAGGAGUGGAAUAAAACUGCGGUAAUGAUACGCGAUGAUGAUGAAUUGGAGCUAGCUUCAGGCAUGACCAAAGGUACAGAAGUGGGUUUAAGAAAGUGCACAAUGUGUGACAAAGCUGUUCAUAGAGAUGAGUCUGUUUGCUGUAGUCAUUGCCGUGCAACCAUCUACUGUGGUUCAGAAUGUGAGAAACGGCACUGGAGAGAGAUGCACAGGAGCGUUUGUAAUCUCUAUGAAGCUAUGAUGGGUAGAGAAGAAGAGAUCAAGAUGAACAUCUUCACAUUCUCGUGCUAUGCUGAAAACCCAUGUGAAUGGCUUGAAUCUUUGGGUGUUCACAAAAAGGGAAUGUGGAGAAGACAAUGCAGUUGCUAUUCUCAGCGUCCUUUUGGGCUCUUACAAGACUCUUCCUCAGAUGCUGAAUCAUGGGGAGGGCUUCAGGAAGGUGAGUAUCCACAGGAUUUACCAAUUCAGAAUCUGAACAACGAGCGUUCACAGGGUAUGAUGAUCUUCUUGUCAGAUUGGUCAUAUUACUACGAUGUUCGGUGUUUACCACCAUCAAGCCCUGUUUCUGAUAUUCUCUCAUACCCUUUAACCCUUUACCACAUAUUAACAACACUAAGCACCCAUUCCAAGAACCUGUUGCUCAAAGGGAAAGAAGUGACUGUCCAUUACUUAGGUCCAGAACGAGAACUCGACUGGAUUAAAGCAUUUGCAGAGAUCAAUCACUUACUUAAUGGUUUAGGAACCGUGCAGAUCAUAAUGGUCGGACCUGAAGUUCCAUCCGAAUUAUCUGGUACAAUAGCAACAAACAACAGCAGAGUCAAGGUGAGUUUUGUGAAAGGCUUGUACCAAGAGGAGGUAACAUACCUGACACCACCAGACAUCGUUGUAGCCUUGAACUGUGACCUGGACAGGUACUCAAGCUGGUCAGGAGCACUUGAGGCAGUGAACAAUCUGCGCAUCCCUGGUUUCUUCACUGAUAAGACAGAAGAUGCUUGCGGCAAUGCGAAGGCGGUUUUGCGUAAUGCAGGGCUGAAUAUCUCUCACCCGGUUGCUCCUAACCCUUUCCGCUCACCUGUGAGGACUUGUGCAGAGUCCAGCAAUCUUCCCUGUUACAGUAACGGCUUCAUCCUUGGGGUGAAUACAUAAAAGACUGUAAGUGUUGCAAUUAAAAAAAAACUCAGCCAUUCUAGUGGCAAAAUUGUGUUCAUUCCUGUACAAAAUCUCAUACAAUUGGGGUAACUGAUGAUCUGAUCCUACUUUGCUUGGCAAGAUAAUCGUUUCUUUUU